UAUUGCCAGGCUCCGCACUGUUUGCUACCGCUACAUCUUUCAUUUAGAGCUAAAGCAGCUGCUAAGGCUUCUUUCGACCAACACCCGAUUCCUGUUGUGUUUUUCGUGGCUACAGUCAUCCAGUCGACGCCCCCGCAAUGCUUGCGCCGAUAAUGCUUUCCAUUUGUUGAAGACGUCGGUGUGCGAGGCGUGACAGCACAUCCAGCGUCCGUGGGUGAGUGAGCAUCGCGAAGCUAACUGCUUCAUGUAAACACGCUGCUUUAGCCGUCGCUUGCUGAAACAAAUAAGAUGUCACUCUACGUUAUGAUGUUUCGCCUUUUGAAGAAGCUCAACGGCUCGUAGAGGCGUGGUUUCAUGCGACAUACGCGGCGUGUGAAUGGUCUUUCUGCCAACGGACCGUUCUGGGUGCAGUAAAGUGCUUCAUGGACACAUGGGUUCAUCACUUAUUUCAGCCAUUCUUUCCAUGUUACAUAAUAAAUGGGUGGACAAUGUGGGGAAUAAUCUGUUUGUUCGUUCACUUGGGCGGUUAGUUUCGGGGAAAAUUGAACGGUGUAUUGAAUAUAAAUGUGGAAUCGGCUUUUCAAACUGUUAUCCUGAAUUGGAUCUGAAACCUGGUCAGGUUCAGUACACGAUAAACAAUGUUGUGUUUGGAAGAUUGUGAUUGUUGUUUCUGCAACCUCUCUCAUUUGUUGACUUUGUUUUCCGUCAUGUUUUUUCCACCACCAUCGUGACCCUCUUGUGCUGCUUAACCAAAUAUUUCGUGACACAACAGGGUGUUUAUUUCAUAAUAUUUGUGUGUAUUGCGAGAGACCCCGAGGGGGCGACGUGACUCCGUCCUGCAAACUAACAGCAAACAGAGGAUGCUUUGAAGUGAAGUGUUUGUCUAAAUCCCGGAGAAACCAAUGCUGUUUAUAUACUGUACAAGUGUCUUGACAGUCAACCAACAGUCAUCGUCAUCAUGGUACAGUCAGUGUGUUCACAUCGAAAUGUCAGAAUCGGCUUUAUUGACAAGGUCAGUGAGGAUCCCACCAACUAGCAAAGUGCUUUGGUACAAUGUGCAAUUAUUGAACAAAAUAAAUCAAAUACAAAUAAAAAAUGAAUGAAUAAAAAUAAACAACAAUAAUAAUAGAAGUAACGAAUGAAUGAGUAAACCACAAACAACAAGGGCUGUUCACGGGUCUGACAGCCAAGGGGAAGAAGCUGUUCCUGUGACGGGAGGUUCUGGUCUGGAUGGACCGUAGCUUCCUGCCAGAGGGAAGAGGAGCAAACAGUCCAUGACCAGGGCGAGAAGGGUCGGCUCUGAUCUGACCUGCAUGUCUCUGGGUCCUGGAGACAUACAGAUCCUGAAGAGGUGGCAGGCUGCCACCGAUCGCCUUCUCAGCAGAACGCACGAUGCGCUGCAGUCUGCUCUUGUCCCUGGAGGUGGCGCUGUUGUACCAGAUGGUGAUAGAUAAGGUGAGGAAGGACUGGAUGAUGGCUGUGUAGAACUCCACCAGGUACUUCGUCGGCAGUCGUAGUUUCCUCAGCGGCCGCAGGAAGAACAUUCCCUGCUGGGCCUUCCUGAUGAGGGACCUGAUGGUUGGCUCCCAUUUGAGGUCCUCACUGAUGGUGGUUCCUAGGAAGCAGGAGGAGUCCACAAUGAGAAUGGGUAACUGGCAACAGGAUCCUGGCAUAGGUUCCCGGGGAGUCCAGAUGCUCCAGAGUGAAAUGAAGGGCCUGGUUCACUGCAUCGUCCACAGAUCUGUUGGCUCUGCAUUGACUCCAGGAGGGGAGCAGUGAUGGAUUUCAGGUGGGAUAGAACCAGGCGCUCAAAGGACUUCAUGACCACAGACGUCAGUGCCACCGGUCUGUCGUCAUUCAGUCCUGUGAUCCUGGGUUUCUUUGGAACAGGAAUGACAGGGGAGUAUUUAAAACAAGCAGGAACAUAACUGGACACCAAGGAAGCAUUCACGUUUUGACAUGAAGGCAAAUGUGUGUCUGCUCCUUUUUUACUUUUGUUUUUCAGACCUCUGACUUUCACUUUCAUCAUCUGUCCUGAGAUCAACCGCUCAAACUGGCUGACAUGGAUGAACAAAGUGUUGAGAGCAUCGCAGAAGUGUUUCGCUGCUUCAUUUGCAUGGAGAAACUGAGGGACGCCCGGCUCUGCCCUCACUGCUCCAAGCUUUGCUGCUUCAGCUGCAUACGGCGAUGGUUGACUGAGCAAAGAGCCCAGUGUCCUCAUUGCCGUGCUCCACUGCAGCUGCGGGAGCUGGUCAACUGUCGCUGGGCAGAGGAGGUCACACAGCAGCUGGACACCUUGCAGCUCUGCAGUCUCACCAAGCAUGAAGACAAUGACAAGGACAAGUGUGAGAACCACCAUGAGAAACUGAGUGUUUUCUGUUGGACCUGUAAGAAAUGUAUCUGCCACCAGUGCGCUCUGUGGGGAGGAAUGCAUGGUGGCCACACCUUCAAGCCCCUGGUGGAGAUCUAUGACCAGCAUGUGACCAAGGUGAAGGAGGAAGUCUCCAAACUGCGCCGCCGCCUCAUGGAGCUCAUCAGUCUGGUGCAGGAAGUGGAGAGAAACGUGGAGGCGGUGAGAGGAGCCAAGGACGAGCGGGUCAGAGAGAUCCGGAAUGCUGUUGAGAUGAUGAUUGCACGUCUGGACAACCAGCUGAAAAACAAACUCAUCACCCUCAUGGGGCAAAAGACGUCACUGACCCAGGAGACGGAGCUGCUGGAGUCUCUGCUGCAGAAGGUGGAGCAUCAGCUUCACUCCUGCAGCAAGAGCGAACUCAUCUCCAAAAGCCCGGAGAUCCUGCUCACGUUCCAGCAGGUUCACUCCAAACCCAUGCAGUCGUUCGUCACCACUCCAGUCCCACCUGACUUCACCAGUGAGCUGGUUCCUGCCUACGACUCAAGUACUUUUGUUCUGGUCAACUUCAGCACUCUGAGGCAGCGCGCCGAUCCGGUCUACAGCCCUCCGCUGCAGAUCUCCGGGCUCUGUUGGCGACUCAAAGUCUACCCAGACGGUAACGGGGUGGUGCGUGGGAACUACCUGUCUGUCUUCCUGGAGCUCUCUGCUGGACUCCCUGAAACCUCCAAAUAUGAGUACCGUGUGGAGAUGGUGCACCAGGCCUCCAGUGACCCCUCCAAAAACAUCAUCAGGGAAUUUGCCUCAGACUUUGAGGUUGGCGAAUGCUGGGGCUACAACCGCUUCUUCAGGCUGGACCUCCUGGCCAGCGAGGGCUACCUCAACAUGCAGACAGACACGCUGGUGCUACGCUACCAGGUUCGAUCACCCACCUUCUUCCAGAAGUGCAGAGAUCAGUACUGGUACAUCAGCCAGCUGGAGUCGGCCCAGAGCGGCUACAUCCAGCAGAUCAACAACCUCAAAGAGAGACUGGCCAUCGAGCUGUUCCGUCACCAGUCGUCCCGGAGCUCGUCUCCUCCUGACCUCCGACCCGCCGGUGGCAGCACUGCCUCCGAGCGGGACCCGCGCUCAGUCAAGAGCGAGGACGACGGCCGCACCUCCUCGAUGAGCAGCAAGAAAUGCGACGAGGAGCGAACGCAACACGACGACUCCAACCUGUCGGACGUUGACCUGGAGGUGGACUGUCUGACGGAGGAGGAGCUGAACCCUCUGGACGGCAGCAGCACGUCAGGGAGCUCCACAGCCACCAGCAACACGGAGGAGAACGACAUCGACGAGGAGACCAUGUCCGGCGAGAACGACGUGGACUUCAUCGGGAACCUGGAGACCGAAGAAGGAGAGCUGACUGAGGACUUGGUCGGAGCCACAGGUGGUUCUCGGGCCUCAGGCAGGUCCCUGCAUCGCAGCGCUGCCGCCGCCGGCCGUAGCUCUGGUACCAGCGGAGCCGCGGCUGCCGCCGCCGUCGGUGCCGACAGCAGCCUGCUGGACCUGGACCCAGUCAUCCUGAUCCAGCUGCUGGACCUGAACGAGCGCAGCAGCGUGGAGUCUCUCUGGGGCCUCCAGCCUCGACCCCCGGUCUCCCUCCUGCACAGCCAAGCCAGCGCCGCGUCCAGGAAAGAGCGAGAGCGCCGGCCCCAGGCGCUCCGACGCUCCACGCCGGACUCGGCCGUCCUGAUCCGCCUCAAGGCGCAGAUGGCCGAGGUCCGCAGCAAGAUGUCUGAUGUCAAGAGUCAGAUGAUGGAGGCCCAGGUGUCGGGCGACUCCCGGCCGGGCCCCUCUGGGGCCUUCACCAUGGAGGAGGUUCCGUCUCAUCACGAGUCCACGUCACGGAAACACGGGGAGAUGGACCUGCUGGGCCGAUCCGCGGCCGUCCGGGCCCGGUCCUGCCGUCCCGUGAGGAAGUCCCUGUCGCCCGUCCUGGACAGCAGCAGCAGCACCGGCAGCUCCCUGCUGGUGAAGCGCCGCAGCCCGGUGGAGCUGGAGCCGGAGCUGAGACUAGCCAAGGCUGCGGCCGAGCUGGGGGGAGCGGACGCGCCCCCUGCUGACGGCACCGCUGCCUCCGAGCAGAUCUCCGGCUCAAAGCAGCAGGUGUUCGGAGCCUCGGGGUCCAGAGACGAGCUCUUCCCCCCGGCAGGGUCCGGUUACAUCAGCACCGGCAAGAGCUCCAGCAGCAGGACCCUGGGAGCUGCCAUGAUGGACCGUGACCUGGAGCUCCCCGGGACCCCGCACCUGCUGGACCGAGGCCCGUCGCAGUCCACCGAAGAGCAGAGCGGCGCCGCUCUGGUGGCGGCCUCCAGCAGCGACAGCGACACGGAGGACGAGGCUCUGGAGAGCAGCAACUCGCACUACGACAACCAGACGCCGCCGUGUUCAGGAGAGCCGCUUCUGUCCGAGGACCUGAGUCUCCCGGCCGAUCGAUGACUCUGCUGCCCCCCCCCACACACACACACACCGUGUUUGCUCCAACAUUCCUCCAGCCAGAUCCCUGACACGUCUCACCCAAGCUAACGUCUUCCAGCUCUGCCGCUGGGCUCCUCCGCCUGCUUCCCAGCACGUCCCACUGCUUCCUGUCCUGCUCGCUCUUCCACCUCGGACCCCUGAGAUUCCGCUGCACUUUUGAAUCCGAGCGCCAGUGGUGCGUCCCAGCCGCUCGGGGGAACGCCGUGGCCGCACACCAGGCCCGGCAGACGCCGGCGUCACCGCGGAUCCACACUUGUGUUUUCAGCACUUUAUGAGAGAUUUACGUUCCAGACUCUGACGGUCACAUGACCACUCGAGCUGCUGAUGCCUCGCAUGCUUGAACUUCCUGUUGCGUCACGUGUUGCGGCAGGAGACUUUUCAAUGUUUGACUUUUGUUGUGCACAUUCCAGUUUUAUGUAAUAAAUAAAACUUUUAUGAUCCUUGAAGCUCGAGUCCGAGUCUUCCCUCCGAGUCCAGGUCAGCAAACGCAUCACUGUGUAGCUCUGGUCCUUCAAGACGUCCACCAUUGUUCAGUCACUCAUCACGCAGUCUUU